AAAGAAAAGAAAAGAAAAAACCCACCUUCUAAUUCCCAAUUGAAGAGAGAGGUAAAUCUGAGGAGAUUAUUUAGCUAUCGGUGCCUGCAUGCAACACACUCAAAGCUAAUUUCUAGUGAAUAUUGUUUUGAUGGCCAUACAAAGAUCCUUUUCAAAUAUCCCUUUUUCAUGCCUCAUUGGAAAUAUGAUGCUUUCCUAAGUUUUAGAGGUGAGACACUCGAAAGAACUUACAAGACCAUUUACAUGUGCUUGCAUCGAAAAGGAAUUAAUGUAUUUAGGGAUGACAAAGAACUUAAGAGAGGAAAAACAAUUUCACCUGAACUCUCUAAAGCGAUUGAGGAAUCGAGAAUUUUGAUUGUCGUUUAUCAAGAAACUAUGCUUCUUAACUUGGUGUUUGGAUGAGCUUGUUAAGAGUUCAAUGCAUGAAUACAAUGGAACAAAUUAUUAUCCCAAUUUUCUAUGAUGUGGAUCCAUCUAUGGUGAGGAAACAAACAGGAAGUUUUCAAGAAGCUUUUGUUAUAUUGAGAAGCUUUAGAGAAAAUAUUGAAAAGGUGAAAAAAUGGAGGGCUGCUUUGAUAGAGGUGGCUAAUCUCUGUGGAUGGCAUUUAAAUGAUAGGCACGAGUCAGAAUUUAUUCAGGAUAUUGUCAAGGACAUAUCAAGUAAACUAAGUCCUACAAAGUUUUGGACCAUUGAGGACCUAGUAGGUAUUAAUUCACGUCUGGAAAAAUUGCGGGUGCUUAUCGGUGCAAGGUCAGAUGAUGUUCGCAUGUUAGGAAUCUGUGGAAUGGGAGGUAUAGGCAAAACAACCAUUGCAAGAGUUGUUUAUGAUUUUAUUUCUUGUGAAUUCGAAGGUAGCUGCUUUCUUGAAAAUGUAAGAGAAAAUUCAGAAAAAAAAGGCCUCAUCGCUUUACAAAUACAACUUCUUUCCCAAGUUCUAAUGGAAACAGAUAUUAAUAUCUCUAAUAUCUAUGAUGGGAUCAACAUGAUAAGAAGUAGGCUACGACAUAAAAGGAUUCUUGUUGUUAUUGAUGAUGUGGUUUAUGUAAACCAAUUAGAUAAUUUAGUGGGAAAACAUGAUUGGUUUGGUUCAGGGAGUAGAAUCCUAAUAACGACAAGAGAUGAGCAUUUGCUAAGAACACAUAGAGUGGACAAAGUGUACAAAGCUGAGGUACUAGAUGAUGAUGAAGCUCUUCAACUUUUUAGUUUGAAAGCAUUUGAUGAUCAACCAUCAAAAGAAUAUGUAGAGCUUUCUAAAUGUGUUGUAAAGUAUGCUGGUGGUCUUCCAUUAGCUCUCAAGGUUCUGGGUUCCUUUUUGUUUGGCAGAAGUGUAGAGGAAUGGACAAGUGCACUUAACAGGCUAGACAGAGAUUCUGAAGAAGAAAUUCUAAAUGUACUUCAAAUAAGUUUUAAUGGAUUAAAAGAGAAGGAGAAGAAAAUAUUUCUUGAUAUUGCAUGUUUCUUUAAAGGGGAUGAUAGAGAUUAUGUGAAAAGAAUUUUGGACGGUUGUGAUUUUAAUGCAACUAUUGGAAUAAGUGUUCUUGUUAAUAAAUAUCUCAUAACUAUUUUGGAUGAUAAAAAGUUGUGGAUGCAUGAUUUGUUACAAGAAAUGGGACAUCAGAUUGUCAAGAAACAGUCUCUUGAAGAGCCUGGAAAAUGCAGUAGAUUGUGGAAAGAAGCAGAUGUUCAUCAUGUGCUAACAAAAAAUACGGGGACUGAAGUUGUUGAAGGCAUAAUACUUGAGGAAGAGCUGCCUGUGAAGGCAAAUGCUAAAGCCUUUUCGAAGAUGAUUAAUCUAAGAUUGCUUAAAAUCCGCAAUGUCCAACUUUCCGAAUCUCUUGAAUACCUUUCUAAUGAGUUGCGUUUAUUAAAAUGGUAUGGAUAUCCUUUAAAAUCGUUACCAUCAAGUUUGCAACUGGAUAAAACUGUUGAACUCGAAAUGUGUUGUAGUCGCAUUGAACAACUGUGGAAGGAAUCCAAACAUUUAAACAAGCUGAAAAUUGUCAUUCUGAGUGACUCCCUGAACCUGAAAAAGACACCAGAUUUCACAUGGGUACCAAAUCUUGAAGAGCUGAUUCUUGAAGGAUGUUCAAGGUUGUGUGAGAUUCACCCAUCUUUGCUAGUUCACAAAAAUCUUAUUUUAUUGAAUCUCAAAGAUUGUACAAGUCUUAGGACUCUUCCAAAAAGUAUUCAUAUGGAAUCUCUCCAAGAACUUGUUCUUUCAGGUUGCUCGAAACUGAAAGAGUUUCCGGAGAUUGUGGGAAGUAUGAGGUGUUUGUCGCAACUCCUUUUAAAUGGAACCGCUGUAAAAGAAUUGCCAUUAUCAAUUGAACUUCUUACAGGACUUGUUUUGUUGAAUUUGAAGGAUUGCAAAAAUCUGGUGAGUCUUCCAAUUAAUAUGAGUGGUUUGAAAACUCUCAAAACUCUGAAUCUCUCAGGAUGCUCCAAACUUGAAAAUGUGCCAGAGAAUUUGGGACAAGUAGAAAGUUUGGAAAAGCUUGAUUUAAGCGAAACUGCUUUAAGACAACCGGUGUCAUCCAUUUUUGUCAUGAAGAAUCUUAAAGAAUUAUCUUUUCGUGGAUGCAAAGGACCACCAUCAAACUCAUGGUGUUCUAACUUUCCCUUCAGUUUGAUGUCAAGAAGAAUCUCAGAUCCAAUGGUCUUAAUGUUGCCAUCUUUGUCAGGUUCGUGUUCUUUAACAAAAUUGGAUCUCAGUGACUGCAAUCUUCAGGAAGGAGCUAUUCCAAGUGAUUUUUUCGGCAGUUUAUCUUCAUUAUGGUCGCUAAAUUUAAGCAGGAACAAUUUUGUUUCACCACCUGGAAGAAUUGAUGGUCUUUCUGAGCUCCGAGUACUUAUCUUGGAGGGUUGCAAGAGGCUUAAAUCUUUGCCAGAACUUCCUUCUAAUAUCGGUUUAGUUAGAAUAGAUAAUUGUGAUUCAUUAGAAAUGGUUUCUAAUUCAUCAAUAAUAUGCAAUUCGGCGAGGCCAGACGUGGUUUCUUGUAUAAACUGCUUAAAAUUGUUCAGCUGCAAUGAUAUAGCUAUUUCAAUGCUGAAAGGAUACAUGAAGGAACUAUUGAAACGAAGAACUGGAUUUAAUUUUGUUUUUCCUGGAAAUGAGAUCCCAGGGUGGUUCAGUCAUCAAAGUCAAGGGGAUUCAAUAAGAAUAGAAAGGCUUUCACAAUUGUCUACUAAUAGUAAAGUGGUUGGAUAUGUUGUGUGUUCUCAUUUUGUUGUUCAUGAGCAUCCACCUGUCCUCUACAAAUAUGAUGAUUAUGGCACCCAUAGUCUUCACUGCCAUGUCUCAGCUGAUCGAAAAUUUCCUGCUAUGACUCACCACAUCAUCUUCGAUGAGAAAUUUGGGCAGGCUUUGUCAGAUCAUCUUUGGUUUUUUUAUUUGCAUCCUAGCAAUUACUAUGAACAUUUGAAGAAUGACUUUAAUUACAUUGAAUUUUUCUUUGCAUCCCAGCAAGGACCAGGAGUGGAGCUAAAAAGAUGUGGGGUUCGUCCAGUAUAUGAGGAAGAUGUGGAAGAAUUUGACCAAAUAAUGAAUCAACAUUGCAGUAGUUCUACCUUCUGCAAUUUGGAUGAAUUCCAUCAAGAUUUCGUUGGUUCAAAGAUGGAUGUUGCGAUGACUAAGCGAAGCCUAAUUGAGUAUGAUAAGGCUGAGUCUAGUGGAAGUGGCUGCAGUGAGGAUGAGGAAUCAGAACCUAAAAGAUGUAGAAGGCUUUAAUUCCUCUAUUUGCAUCUCAGUUUCUAUCAUUUUAAUUAUUCUCUCAGUUUUUGUCUUAACUUAUUUGUUGUAGUUAAGAGUUUGUGUUAUCUUUUAGCAUGUUUGAUUGAUUGAUUGAGGACAUUUUUUAGGCAUGUUGUUGAAACAGUGACAUUUUGCUGGAAAUGUAACUGAAAUUCAGUUUAUCUUGAAAAACCUUUUGGCGCCAAAAGAGCUCUCUAUUUUGCCUUGCAUUCUACCGUGUAAGAGCUGCUGAAGUUGAUAUGUUUUGGUGAUAAGUUUAGGUGCUCUCAGCUGUGAUUA